AUGGGACGGGACAAGGUGUAUGCCUUCUGCCACUUGCCUGGACAUGAGCAAGCAAACUGCCAGACGGAGAUCAGAUGUGGCUUUUACAGCGGCAAACACUCCGGUAAAAGAUGCCCUGAGACCGCCAACAAGCCCGCGAUAAGCCUCAAAUUCUUCGAGAAUUCGGUCAAGAAAUUUAGGGAGAUCCGAGAGGGGAAUUAUGGAACAGCGAAGCCGGAUGCCUACACCGCACAUAUUAGGCUCGCGAAAGACCAAUACCGGCAGUACGUUGAGGAAGGGAAUGACUCUAAGGUCCCUGACGACUCUGUUAUCGGCCUCACAAACGCGGACGGUACCAUUCCGACUUCCUUGCAAAUUCAUGACGCUUCUACUGUAGCACCAUCCGCCACGGCUUACCAAGAACAGAUCACCACCGGCAAGCCUAAGCGAAAGGCCAGACGAAGUUGUAGAAAGAAGAACAGCGCUCGCGCGGCCAGCGCAGCCCAAAACCGACCUCUGAACAGCGCUGCGAUCCCCGAUCACAGCAACGCCAAAAUUGGCUACAAGGAAAGACAAACUGAGAAUGAUGCUACAAGGACUGGAAAAAAGAAUGACGCUAAGAAAGGAUAA